AUGCCCGGUCGCACCACCCGAAACAUCCACAAGAGAAAGCAUUUCGAAAUCGACACCAGUUUCUCUGGGCUAAGCAGUCUAAGAAGCGUCACCGACGGCAGCGAUACCAUUACCAACGAACCCACCACUAAUGCCGAAUCCAAUGAGACAACACUCGAGGACUUUUUCGGCCGAAAAAUGGGGUCCAGCACCAUUGUACUAGGCGAUUUCAACCUUCACCACCCUGCAUGGGGUGGAGAUGACGCCCUAACCGACACGGCCAAUCUAGACCUCUGGCUAGCACCUGGCACUAUCACCCGCGACGAAUCAGGCCAUAAAACUACAAUCGACACACUAACCACCGCCGACGGCCAGCCGAGACGGCGCAACUGGAAAGCGAUGGAAACAGAGAAAUUCGACAAGUUCGUGGCUAGUAACCUCCCCGGCCACGACGAGGGUGAUUGGGAGGAAUACAAACCAGCUAGGAACCAGAAGGGCCGCAUGAUCAAGGAAGCGCUGCGGAAGGGCUUUCGCGAAUUCGUUAAGGAGGCCAUUGGUCAGGGACCCCAGGGUCUCUGGCGGAUGGCGAAAUGGGCGAGAAACCGAGGCCAAGAGCAAGGACACACUAUGCCGCCGCUUAACACGGCCGAUGCUGUAGCCGAAUCAACGGAUGAGAAGGUCCAGGCCUUGCGCAGAGCCGUCUUCCCAGCACCGCCAACUGCUGAUCUCUUGGACAUUGAGAAUUCAACGCGGAACCGACAACAGAUCACCUUCCCGUCUAUCACUAAGCAAGAAUUGGCUGAUGCAAUACGCCGUGCACCUCUGAAUAAGGCCCGGGGCCGACGGCGUCCCAAACAUGUGACCCUACGAAAGGCUGGACCGCGUGACUACCGCCUGCCGAAGGCGUAUAGGCCGGUGGCCCUGCUCAAUACGCUGGGUAAGGUCCUCGAAGCAAUUAUUGCUACCCGGAUCGCCUGGGCCGUUGAGGAGCAUCGGCUGCUGCCUGAUACUCACCUCGGUGGUAGGAAGGGAGUCUCCGUGGACCAUGCUAUUCAGCUGAUCUUGGCCGAGUUCAUGCUGCUUGGCGGACGGGCCAAAAGGCAAGCAUGCUCUUGCUCGACGUUGCCGGCGCCUACGACAACGUUUCACAUGAAAGACUUCUUCACAAUAUACGUUAAAUGGGGUUCGGAGAGCUGGCACCAUGGGUGCAAGCUUUUCUGA